AUGCGCUUUGAGCUUCCAAUUCUGCUCGGCCUCGCCGCCGCCGCCUCUGCCUCCACGUGGACAGUCAAUGCCUUCACUGACACCGAAUGUCAAGAAAAUCCUUACACUUGGAGUGGUGACGAUGCUGAAUCCAUCAAUACUGGGAAUUGGUACUCUUCAAUUGUAGCAUCCUAUCCUGAUGGAUGGACUUUCACAGCUUGGACUGGGGCCGAAGAAACUGGCGAUGCGUAUCAACCAGCUGCCAACACUUGCCAGAUUCCAGCCAAUGGAGAUGCUGUUCUGUCCUUCACCUUGGCUGAGAGCUAG